GGGGUGCCACAGCAAACCCAUUGAGGGGGUCCAUGUGGGGGUCUCAGGGUUGGGGCUGCCAUGGGGAACCCAUUCUGGGAGGAUCAGUGUGGGGGUCUCAGGGCUGGGGGUCGCCUGGAUCACCCGCUGUGCACUCAGAGCGCUGGGCUCCCCCUGUCUGUCCCCGUGACCACAUUUUGUCCCCUUCCCCACACCCACAGCCGCCCCCUACCCGCCCCAGAGACCCCCACCAUGACCCCCACCGUGACCCCCACCACCGCCUCCUCUCUCGUCUCACUCUGCGCCCGCCGCCUCGCCGCCCACCUCCCCACGGCCCGCCGCGCUCUGCCUCUCCUCCCUGCCGAGCUGUACCCCGUGCUGCUCCACGCCGCCCUCCUGGACCGCCGCGUUCCCCUCCUGAGGGACGUGGUGAGGUCCUGGCCCUUCCCCGUCCUCUCCCUACGCCGCGACCCCCACCGCCACCCCGACAAACUCUGCGUGCAGGCGGUCCUCCUCGCCGUCACCGCGGGGCUGCGGUCCGGCACCGGCCCGCGGCCGUGCCUGCGAGUGCUGGACAUGACGGGCAUCCAGGACGGUGCCGAACACGGUCCGGACGGUGUCACCCUGUGGUCGGGGACGGUGCUGCUGGCCAAGGCCUGCCUGGAAGCCUCGCAGCGCCGAACUGAACCGCGCGGUGCCAAACGGCGGAAGGGCUCCCCAGUGCCACCGGUGGAAAUCCGCGUCGACCUCUUUGUCAACAGCACCUCCGGGGCCAUCCUGAAGGCGGCCCUACGCAGCGGAGGGGCCGUACGCCUGCGCUGCCGGGACUUCCACGCCGAGGAGCUGUCGCUGGGCGGCACCGUGGAUCUGUUGGAGGCGUUGGAGCCGGUCGGCUUGCGACGCGUCGAGCUGCGCUUCAACAACUUGGGGCUGGAAGGGCUGUGCCAGGUGGUGCCGAGGCUCGCUCGGUUCCCGGACCUGGCCAGCGUGAGGCUGCCCUACAGCAACGUGGACGUGCGGAGGCCGGGGACGGAGGAUGGGCUGCGGGAGCUGGCGGAAGCGUUGGGUUGGCUGCGUGGGCUGCGGGAGCUCAACCUGGGCUCGUGCCGGCUGGCGGGGCGGCUGCGAUUGCUGCUGGGGUCCCUGCAACGCCCGCUGGAGAGCCUGGAGCUGCCCUUCUGCCACCUCCAACCCUGCGACCUCACCUUCCUGGCCCACAGCCCUCACGCCUCGGCCCUGAAGAAGCUCGACCUGAGCGGCAACGACCUCUCCUCCUCCCUCCUCCCCGCCUUCCUCCAUCUCCUCCCCGCCGUCUCCUCCUCCCUCCGCCACCUGGACAUGGCCGAGUGCCACCUUGGGGACGCCCACCUCCCCAUCCUGCUGCCACCUCUGCGGCGCUGCGCCCUCCUCUCCUACCUCGGCCUCUUUGGCAACGCGUUGUCCUCAAAGGGGCUGAAAGUGCUGCUGGAGGGGACCCUCCCCCUGACCUCCCUGCGCCUCGUCGUCCACCCCUACCCCAUAGACUGCCAUGGUGACGACGGUGACGGUGACGUCCCCGAGGGCCGCGUGGCUGCGGUGCGGGAUGAGCUGCGUGGGAUGCUGCGCAGUGCUGGCAGGGAUGAGGAGAUGUGGACCAGCAGCCUCCAUCACCACGGUGGAUUCGACUUCUUUGUGCUGUGAGCGGGGACAGCUGGCAGGUGGGGGGACAAAGGGACAGCAGGAGGAGUGGUGACAAAGUGACGAUGGGCGUCCAACACACCUCUUUCGGUAUAAAGGUCUGUUUGAUACCUGG